UGUCAGCAGUUCAGCACCACCUAGUGGCAUCACCCAGCACUCCAGCAGCAUUCAGCUUCCCUUCCUCUCCCCCUCUCUUUGUUCUCCUCUAGCUCAUCCCCAUACCCAAACCUCCAUCAGAUCACAACUUCGCUAGCUAACUAGAGAGCAAAGGCCGGGCAGUGCAGGGGGGAAAAAGGAAGAGAGCCAAAUGGGCAACAUGCUGCCGUGCUUGGUCCAAGGCAGGACGACCCUCCCGGCCGCCAUGAACCCCAAGCAGAGGCUCUACUCCCUCAAGCUCCUCGUCAAGGCCCUCCACAAGCUGAAGAAGAAGAUGAUGAUGAAGCCUAACAAGGGCAAGAAGAUCGGUAGCAGCAAACCGUCAUCGCCGGCGGCGCCGGCGGAAGCAGCUUCAGCCACAGCGGCGGCGGUGGCAGGAGGAGGCGUAGAGGCGGCGAUCGGGAGCAGUAAGCCCAAGGUGAGCCCGCGAAGAGCGGCUCAAGGUGGGCAAAGGAAGGGCGUGGUGCGGGUGAAGGUGGUGCUGACAAAGGAGGAGGCGGCGCGGCUGCUGUCGCUCACCGUCGUCAGCGCCGGCGCCGGCGCAGGCGGUGGCCGCCGGAAGACCACCGCGCAGAUCAUCGCCGAGAUCAAGAGGAUGGAGAUACGCCGUGCCAUGGCGACAUCGUCGGCGGCGGUGGCGUGGCGCCCGGCGCUCGCGAGCAUCCCCGAGGAGCAGCACCACCACUCGCCGCGCCGUAGCCUCGGCGUGCAGCAGGUGGCGUAGAGGUCACAUACUCACAUGUUUAUAUGUGCCUACAUGCUCGUGUGCACGUACGUAGGAUGAUCGUGGUAGAGAUGGGUAAUCAAACACACAGAGAGAGGACGAGAAGGGUCUGGGUUGAGAGGCGAGCUAGGCCGGCGACGACGACGGAUCGACGGCCAUGUACAUGCUCCCCCUCCCAUGCACGAGCUCCGGCCGGCGGCGCAGCGAGGCGCCGCCGUGCUUGCUAUACAGCUUCCCUUUUUUGAAGCUUAAUUACCUCGAGGGGUCCCUCCUCCAUCGCCCUGCGCUGGCCAUCUCAUAUGUUAAUUAGUGACCACCAAAUGAAAUGGAAAAUGGAAUGUAAAAGUUAAUCCCCUUCCUUGAUCAUAUCGUACGAUCUUUCGGCUGAAUGCUUGUAAGCAUGCAUGCAUGUUCGAGAUGUUAAUUAAUUCCUUCGAGCAAUUUGAAAGAAAGAAAUUUCCUUGGUGGAAUUCAA